AUGUACAGGGAAUCCCAAUCGCAGGCCAACUACAAGGCCACCAGGAAGGCGGGAGAAUGGGCGGUGUGUGAAAGACAGGAGGGAGAGUAUGGACACCCAACUAUGACCCCGCAAAGAAAUUAUCCACGUCUGCGCAGGAGGACAGAUUCUGAAAAGAAACGUGGUUCUUCGCGUAAAAAAGGCAAACGCUACGCACAGCCGAUGUCCUCCCGUUCUGCUGAUGCCUCCAGCGCAAUGCCGAGUGCACGGUUCCACUCAGAACCAGAGUCUACGAGGUAUGUGCAUGUGGAUAGCGACACCUAUUUAACGAGAGUGGACCAGAUGGGAUCCACACCUUUGCCUCUGUAUACUCACUUCAAAGCAGACAACCGUAGUACAUCUAGAGAUGAGCUUUGCCGGGCAAACAACGAAAGUGAAUGUUUUCUACAAAAGAAAUACAGCAGUGAAGCAAAUUGCGAGGACGGGGAACAAGCCUAUGCAGAGCUGACUAGGUGGGAAGAAACAAGUGAAGGUGCAGAUUAUGAUAAGGCUAAACCAAAAUAUGAUGCUGAAUUAGGACCGUGGAAUGCGUCUAAGCCUAAGGAUGAACAUCAUGCGAAAGAGGUGGAGGUAAAGAUUGUUGAAUACAAUACUGAUGAAUAUGAAGGGGAAGAUGCGGAAGAUUAUUAUCUCGACAAACUUCUACAAACCACAGUCCAAAAUCUCAAGAGUCAUAUUCAGAGGCAGAACAAGAAAGCCCAAACGCCUCUUGGCGUAGAGCAGGAACAGGAAGAGAUGAUCUGUGCACUUAAAAGGGUAUUGGAGCAACAGGACCAGGUGAUCUUUACACUGGAAAGGGAAUUGGAGGAACAGGACCAGGUGAUCAGUGCACUUCAAAUGAAAAUGGAGACACACGAACAGGUACUCUAUGUACUAAUGGAGAUAAACGAUGAAUUGGGCUAA